AUGCCGGCAGCAGCGUGGCCGCUGCGGCGCCCCACCGCAGCGCCCGGCACCGCGGCGACACAGGCCGGCGCCGACCCUCGGCUCUCCCGCCUCACGCAGCAGCUCAUACAGUGCGGGAGCGAGGGGGAGAUGCGGGGCGUGCUGGAGCGGGAGCGGGAGCAGGGGCUGGGCGGCGCAGACGUGCGGCGGCUGCUCACAUACCUGGACCGGGCGGGGGCCGCUGACGUGGCGCUGGCGGCCUUCCACGCCAUGAAGGCGGCAGGCCUGCCCUGGGCAGGCGACGCCGUACUGCGCACCAAGCUGAUCAAGAUGCACAGCCGGCGGGCCAAGGACACAGGGGCGGCGCUGGCGCUGUACGACGAGAUGCGGCGGGACGGCGUACUGCCUGACGUUGUCGCCUACAACAUCUGCCUCACCGCGGCGGGCCUGGGCCACCACUGGGGCCGCGUGCUGUCGCUGCUGGGCGACAUGGAGGCGGCGGGGGUGGGCUGGGACGCCUUCACCUGCAGCGCGCUGCUCAGCGCCUGCCAGGCGUGCGGGCAGUGGGAGCAGGCGCUGGAGUGGUUUGGGCAGGCGCGCGCCACGCCGGGCCUCCAGCUCAACGUGGUCCACUACACCACCCUCAUGAGCUGCCUGCAGAAGGCGGGGCAGUGGGAGCGUUCGAUGGAUGUGUUCCGCCAGAUGGAGGCGGCCGGUAUCGUGCCCGACGGCGGCGACUGGGAGGCUGGGUGGGCUGUGUUCCUGGCCAUGCGCCAGGCGGGCCUCACCCCCUCCACCAUCUCAUACAACGCACUCAUCUCUGCCUGCGAGCGCUGCGGCCAGCCAGACAGGGCCCUGGAAGUGUUCGCCAGCAUGCAGCGCCGCGGCCAGGCGCCCCCCAACGCCGUCACCUUCAACACCCUCAUCUCCGCCUGCGCCAAGGCGGGGCGGUAUGCCAAGGCGCGAGAGCUGCAUGCAGCCAUGGCCGCCGCCGGCAUCCCCGAGGACGUCUUCACCCUCAGCGCCCUCAUCACAGCCUGCGAGCGCAUAGGGCACUGGCAGGGGGCGGAGGAUCACUUUGUGGAGUUCCAGGCAAGAGGGGUGGCGCCCAACACGGUCGCCUACAACAGGCUCAUCUCCGCGCUGGGCCGCUCCGGCGAGUGGCAGCGCGCCGUGGCCGCCUUCCGCGCCAUGCAGCCCGGCGCCGCGGGCGGCGCCGCCAGCGCCAGCACCAGUAGCAGGGGCAGCACCAGCGGCAGCGGCAGCAGCAAAGUGCCGGCCAGCGGCGGCGGCGGCGGUGGCGGCGGCGACGAGUUUGUGUAUCCCGCUUACGUCGGCGCCGUCCCCGCCAGGCCUGACCGCAUAACCUACGGCUCGCUCAUCGCGGCACUGGAGCGGGGCGGGCAGUGGCAGCGGGCGCUGGCGGUGUUUGAAGAGAUGCAGGCGGCGGGCAUGCAGGUGGAAGAAAACGCGGCGGCCGUGCCCAACGGCUACAUCUUCACCUCCCUUAUCAACGCCUGCGAGAAGGGCGGGCAGUGGGAGACCGCGGUGCGGCUGUUCAAGCUCAUGCAGGGCCAGGACAUCCCGCUGGGCAGCAUGGCCAUGGUGGCGCGCAAGGCGCUCUACGCCUUCCCGCCGCUCAUCCGCCUCAUGCCGGCGCCGCUGCUGCAAGCGGCUCGCGCCACCGUGGAUUCUGGGCGCGCGGCGCGGGAGUGGAUCGACAGCAAGAAGGAGCAGGAGGAGGAGGGCUAG